UGUGGCUGCAGUGCUGGUGUGGAGUGUGACAGUGACUUCUCUCCCUCUCCACUCUGUCGCCCUGUUUCUCUUCAGAUGCCUCUCCUUACAUUAACACCCCCGUGUUGUCACAUUUACACGCCGUCAUCAUCAUUCAUCAUUCCUUGCACAUGAACAACGCCCAGCCAUGCUGCCUGCACUGACCACAACACAGGUGCAGCUGGACCUGAGGGAGGUGUGGGAGCCGGCAGCUCGCGCCGUGGCGCUGGCCGCGCUUGCUGGAAUCGGUGCAUGGCAGGCGUACAUGCUUCUGUUUGGCAGCGAAGCAGAAGCAGACAGCACCCACCCAAACCAGAAGCGAGGUGGAGGAGGCCUUGGAGGAGGUGGGGGUGCAGCGCGCGUGUCUUUCACCAACGACGACGACGACAGCACCACCCCAAGGCAUCGCGCCACGUUUCACACCACAUUGCAGACGGAACCUUCCCCAUCACAACCAACGACAGCCGGCUUCGUGUUGACCAGCACCACCACCGCCAGCACCGCCACCACAAGCGCGAGCGCCACCACAACGCCGGCGCACGUCGUGGCCGCCAUUGCAAGCGCUAGCGCAGACGUGAUUCUGGGAUUCAAGAGCGGGUCCGCCCGGGACUUGGCCCUGACCGUGCAACGGGUGGUCCAUGACAGGCGGAUCAAAGGGCUCGGCGUUCCGAAAACCAUGCAGCUGCUGAGCACACGUGCGGGCGCCGGGACGACGCUGCUUGGCUUUCUGGCAGAGCUGCCGACACGCGCCAGCACAGUCACAGCCACGGUCCCAGCUCAGAGCCUCCCCACGAUGCUACCCGCACUGCAUCAGCUCGCGGCGCGCGCAAGCUCCACUCCAACAGCAAGCACCGCCUGCGUGCUCACCAUCACCCUGGAACACGUUGCACCCGACCUGACACAACGCACCCACUGCGCCGCCCUCAGCCUGCUCGCUGACAUGGGUGUGCCCGUCCUCCUGUCGGCAACGGGUCAGGACUGCCACGACCACGCCCUUGUUGCGGCGCACUAUGCAAACACAUACGCUCGCCCCAUCGCUCACGUGAUUGACGGUGUGCGGCUGGCCAACACGCACCAGCAGAUCCGCAUCCUCCCCGACCCAGCCGUCACCGCACUGCUGAUGCGCAAUGACGAGUCUUCAGGUACACAAGCGUCGUCCGCACACCCUUCGCCUUCGAAUUCACCUCCACCAGUGUCACCAACGGCAACUGCCGCCGCGAGCGCCGCACAUUCCUCGGCUACCUCUGGCUUUGGCUCUCGCUCCCCAUCACCUCCCGUCGAUGCAUUCCCUUCGAAGCAGCCGACCACGACAGCCGCCCUGCAGACAGCGCCAAGGACAGGACAACGCACAGCCCAUCUUGGCGGCAUCACCUCCACGCUCAACACCCACCCAUCCACAGCGGACCGUCUUCGUGCAAGCCUUGACGCUGUGGGUGCUGCUGUACACCACCAGCUGCCGUUCUUCACAUACACGGGGCCACCAACUACAUCUGUCGAUCUUGUGGUCGUCGUCCUGGCUCCAGUCAGCCCAACCUUCGUCUCUGUUGCCGCAGAAUACAACCGCCGCACCAACACGGGAGGCCACACCACCACCGUUGGCGUCCUUGUUGUCAACGUGCUCCGCCCUUGGGAUGCCUACGCCUUUCGCGCAGCGCUGCCACCCCAGGCUGGCCGGAUUUGUGUUGUGGAAACGGCAGCGCCUGCUGUGCAAUUCACAGCACACCAUCAGCUGCUCACCACAGACGUGUGCUCGUCUGUGUCACCGCCGCCUUCCCCAUCGUCGCCUCGUGUAAUUAGUGCAUGUACCCCACAUGUGGUCGUUCGCCACAUCGAAGUGGACGCGCGCGGCGUGCAGCCCGCACUUGCCGCAGCCGUCAUUGCCACGGCCCUUGAGCCAGCACCGCUGCCACACCUCGCCCAACACAACAACAACAGCAACAGCAACAGCAACAGCGUGCAGGAACACGGCCUCGGAAAGCAGCUACAGCAGCGCAUCGACAACAGCAACGCGGCUAUCUUGCUCACCAACACCACAGCACGUGAAGUUUUGCGCCUGCAUUCGUCAGCAACAUCGCCAACCUCAACCACUGCCCUGGCUGCCGUGGCCGCAGCCACAAGUGACGAUGGCGUGGUGGUGAAUGUGUACGCGCAUUUGAACCAAUCGGUUGAGCGGUUGUGCUCUAGCUUUGUGCAGCAGGUGCAUGCCCAGUGCCGUGUGCCAGCAACAGCGUUCACCAGCGAGGACGCCUGCUUCGCCUCCGGUGUUUCCCGCACACAGCUCUGCAUUGGCGGCAGCAACACUCACGUUCGUGACAGCCCGGCCGCCGCCGCUGCUGUUGUCGCUGAUGUGGAGCUCCUGGCAGAGCUGGCCCCAUGGCUUGCACGCGAGCUUUGUGAGCAUGCAAGUGUCUUUGUCGUUGCUGCUGAUGCUGAUGCGGCUGUGAACCACCUCAAGGAGCACACUUCCCCGUCAGCACUACGGCUGCUCUCUGACAAGCACAUUGCCAUCACUUUCAUCAACAGCACCGAGGGAACGCAUGCAGCCAAUGUUAGCACUGCGGUCUUGCUUGCACGCGCCAGCCACGUGUUGCCUGCUCUGCACAGCUUGGACCUUGGUGCGGUCCUUGACAAUGCUACCGACCCGCUGGUCAGAGAGGUGCAGUCGUCAUCGGCAGAGCUUUUGUCAGCAGCACGAGCGGCGCCGACGACAACGAUUACAGCUCAUCAUCUCGUGGACAGCACACCCAACAACAACAGCGCACACCCAGCCUCCAACCACCACGACACGGACGCGUCCAGCGGCAACAGCGCAGAUGAAGGUGACGACAGCGGCGUGGAUGAGGAAUCCGCCACUGCAUUCAUCCCCCGCGUGCGCGUGGUGGCUCCAACCCAGCCGGAAACCAGCGGGGCGCAGCAGCUCACUGCUAGCGAUCUAGCGAAGAGGGUCGUGUUCCAGGACACCUUUAGCGCCGAAUCUGGGCAUCGUCCCGGUUAUGCAGGCAUGUACCGUGUUCGGUUGACCAAGAACCAGCGCCUGACACCAGAGGACUACCACCGCAACAUCUUCCACCUCGAGAUGGACAUCCGCGGAACAGGCCUGGAGUACCGCAUUGGGGAUGCACUCGGCGUGUACGGGCGAAACGACCGCGACGACGUGCGCUCGUUCCUGGCGAUGGUUGAUAUCGGCCCAGAUGCGCUGGUGGAAGUCGACCACACACAGCAAGCGGGAUGCAAGGAGGUCAUGACGGCGAUGCAGCUGUUCACGGACCGCCUGGACGUGUUUGGGAAGCCAUCGCAGAAGUUCUACGCUGCGAUUGCCGCGCACACGAGCGACUCGUACGAGCGUGCGAAACUGGAGUGGCUUGGCAGCGACGACAAGGAGGGCUUUCGACUGCGCCAGCUGGAGACAUACACGUUCGCAGACGUAUUGGAGGAGUUUCCUUCGGCGCGGCCGCCGCUGUCCGUGCUGGCCACCAUCAUUCCGCCAAUCAAGCCGCGCCACUACUCCAUUGCGUCCAGCAUGAACAAGUGCCCGCACAGUGUCCACCUGCUGGUGGUGCUCGUGUCAUGGACUACGCCAAAGGGACGCGAGCGCUAUGGCCAGUGCACACGCUACCUCUCCCAGCUCUGCCCUGAUGGCGAUGAGGACGUGUUCUUGACAGUGGACAUCAAACCAAGCGUGAUGCACAUGCCAGCAGAUGCACGCCGGCCCAUCAUCAUGGCGGGGCUUGGCACAGGCAUGGCCCCAUUUCGUGCGUUUCUCCAAGAACGCCAGUACCAACGCGAGCAAGGGCUUGAGGUUGGUCCGAUGCUGCUGUACUUUGGUGCGCGUCACCGCUCGGAGGAGUAUCUUUAUGGCGAUUAUCUUGACGAGAUGCUUGCUGACGGCAUCCUCACCCGACUCGGCCUCGCCUUCUCCCGCGACCAAAAGGACAAGGUGUACAUCCAGCACAAGAUCGCGGAGGACAAGGCAGUGCUUGCCCGCCACCUGCUUGAAGGCAACGGUCACUUCUACCUCUGCGGCCCCACGUGGCCUGUGCCGGAUGUCAAGGCAGCACUGGUGAACGGCAUUGUUGAUGAGACAGCCCGCACCCGCGACGACGUGGAAGAGUUGAUCGAGGAGCUCAAGGAGGCGGGGCGAUAUGUGCUGGAGGUGUACUGAUUCAAUGUGUGUGUGUGUGUGUGUGUGUGUGUGUGUGUGUGUGUGUGUGUGUGUGUGUGUGUGCACUGCCGUGUUUCGUUCUUGUUUCUCUAGUUGGUUCCGGUCCACACUUCAUGCCGCGUCAAGAUGUACGCGCGCAUUGUCAAUUCACAUCACAUCAGGCGUGUUGAUUUCCUCUCUCAUGAGCAGCGCCAGGUCUGCAUGAUGAUGACAACAAAAGCACCACAGAGCGAGCGAUUCAAUUCAUAUACCAAAGAAACAGGGGAGGAGCUAGCAAGACAACACGU